AUGGACUUGGUAUGGUUUGAAAUGACGUAUGGCUUUGACUCACCGGCGUGGAAUCCAAGCGUGGAAGAAGUGGAUGCCGUGGUGUGUUUCACCAACGAUUGGAUGCGAGAUCGAGUGGUGGCGUAUUUGGGACAAGAUGAGAUUACGGGCCGCAAUGUCUUUCGACGACAAGCAGUCGAGUUGCGAGUUGUAUCGCACUACAUGGACUGGGAUUUGGCUGGCGACGAUCAGUUGGUGGUGACGUUGUUUGCGUACAUUCAAGACAAGAGCAAUGGAGAAGUGGUGGACCCAUCUACGUCGUUUCGAGCGUUUGAAUUGACGAGUGAAGAUGCGACGGCCUAUGUGACCAAUUACGUCUGGAAUAUCGUUGACACCAAUAAUCUCUUCUACUACACCAAUCGCAUUGAAGUCAGGGCGCGACUCAACGAACCCAUUCCAUCAAAUGACGAAAUCAAACUGCAAAAGUCUAUUUGUGAAAAAGACGAAACCAGGUCUCCCACGGCAUCACCUAUUCAAGCUGCACAAGCUACUCCUGCUCCGACGUCACUACCUGCUCAAGACACUACUCCUGAAUCACCAGCAGGUCCACCUGACAAUGAGAACAACAACCCAUCUCCAAGUGGCGUUCCAGGUGGUGACAUCAACUUUCCUCCGUUGCCCGAUACAAAUCCAACUUCUUCUACUUCUAGCACUCCGGAACCAGCAACACCUCCUACUAGUGCUCCGACUGCACAAGAAACGACUGCUGAGACUCCACAACAGCCAACAACAGGAGCGCCCACUACGGACACACCAACAGAGUCUCCUACGGACAGACCCACAACAUUAGAACCAACAGCGGCACCCAUUGCAGUUGUCCCCGAGUCAACUCCAGAACCAACGACUGGUACUAGUAGUACACAACCACCAUCCGUGGCACCACCGACUGCUACAGAUACAACAGAGACAACUGCUACAGAUGAUGAUACAAAUACAAAUAAUAAUGCAGACUCAAACUCAAAUAAUGAAGAGUCGCCUUCUGAAACUGCGGCACCCGCCACCACUCCGACAACCAACGACAACCCUUCUUUUGUAAUAGGAGGACCGAACAAUAAUAAUCAGGAUGAAUCGACCGCAUCACAAGGAGGACCACCCGCCACAGAUGGCACCACCAUUUCCACAGUGGCCUGGCGCAUGGUAUUUCAUUGGCCCCAAACAACAACAAUGACGGAUAUUAUACGGGAACCCACAAGGACCGAAAUGGUGCAUGUGCUGUGUCAAUUCCAACGAUUUCUCGAGAAACGAUUGGAACAGGCUACACAGUAUGCCCCGAUUGCUGUGGAGCUCACCGAAGCUACUUGGAAACUCUCCAAUGCCACCAGUAUGGUCGUCAAUUUCGUGUCCAAUUCGUACUACGUGUUGUCGGAAGAAGGAGGCUUGUACGAUCACGUUCCGCCCAAUGUCGUUGUGGCGUCCAUGCAACAAGACGAACAAAUACAAGAACAACAAUACUUGAUGGGAUAUAUUCGCAAUGAAACAACGACGGGCAACAAUAACAAUGUCAUUGACAAUAUUGUGCACGAAGCCACGCACUUGGAAAUUCAACCGUGGGCACUCUGCUCCAAACUGCCACCGGGACGAUUGCGCGUGGCGGUGUGUAGUGCCAAGACUCUCGUUGAUCCAUCCGCCGAUAUUUUGGGCAUUCGUCUUGACUUGGAAACCAUUCCCUCCGAGUUUGAAGGAUACGGACAAGAAUUGUUGGGGCCGCGACCGUGCGAAGCCCGUACCAGUCCUCCUCGCAAUUCGACUAACGGUAGUGGUGGCGGUAGUGACAGUGACAGUGAUGAUGAACGAGAAAUGUACAACACCCGAGCCCCGUUGGCGUACCAAGACGUUCAAAAACGCGCCUAUCGACUCGAAGUCAGUUUUACCGUUUCCAAUUUGGACGGCAUUACCAGUCCCACCGACGUCAAUCGAACCGGACUGGAUGUCGCCUUUCCGUGGUUUGUCGCCGGGCUCAUGGAGGAAUUUUACGGUGGUUCCGUGGGUCGUCGGUAUUUGCGGGUGGGGCGCAAUCUUUAUGACGGACCGGUGCGGUUGUCGUACGUCCAAAAUUCGGCCUGGGUCGACAGCAUUGAAUCAAUGGACUGUAUUGGUGACAAUGUCCAUCCCGAUUUAAUUUGUCAUCAAGUUUUGGGCGUCUACUCCUUGGUCGCCGAUCCCAUCCGGAUUACACGACGAGCACUACAAGCCUCGCAACAACAGACCGUGACAGCCGGCAACACGCCAUGGCAAGUCUUGGUACUCCAAGAAACCUACAAACGAAUCCACGACGGAACGUUUUACGGGGUUCUCAAAACCAAGGCGCCAGAGACACCGCUUCUGAUUGGGACCAUUCCACCCCCGGAAUCCGGAGGUGGGAUGGGCGCACUGUAUGCACUCAUGGCCGUUUGCAUUGCCUUGGCGCUAUGCAUUUGCUGUCUUGUUCGUAUGCUAAUGCUCUCCAAGCAACGACGAGAGGAAGAAUGGAAACGACGACUCUCGCGUCAAAAGUCCAAACUGAAUUUGAAUGAUGACGAUGAUCUUUCUACUACUAGCAAACAACGUCCCAAUAAAAGAAAGUCCAAGAAACACGACGACGACGACCAAAAAGCAAGCAACAAAACGAUCGAUACGACUGGAUCCACCAACCCAUCGACUCCGACGGAAUUUAUGGAUGAAGAUGCCGUUUUGGCCUAUUACGAAGACUUGGCCCAAGACGAGGACAUUGACAGCAACCCAUCGGAUGACAGGAAACAAGAAAAGGACAAGAAAGGAAAAGAUGCAGCAUCGGAAACGGAAACCGACACGGAGAACAACUACAAGAACGUGUCCAUGGAUGAGGAUUGGGGAGACUCCAACGAUAAGUCUGACAAUGAUGAUGAGUCUAGUAUCACAGAGCAUCCUGACUAUGAACAAAUGAAGGUCUCAGAUCUACAAAAGUUGUGCCAGGCCCAAGGAAUUAGCACGGCAGGCAUGUUUGAAAAGAGGGAAAUGGUCAAUGCCUUACAGGCCUUGAACAGCAAAUCAGGCUCCUCAACUGCACUAAACGUUGGGAGUGGUGGCGUGGAGGGAGAACCUAGCAAUGCCAAUGCAGAGAUUCCUGACUAUGAGCAAAUGAAGGUCUCAGAGUUACGGAAGUUGUGUCAGGCCCAAGGAAUCAGCACUGCUGGAAUGUUUGAAAAGAGGGAAAUGGUGGAUGCAUUACAAGCCUUGAACAGCAAAUCAAACUCAACUACACCAAACAGUGGGAGAGGUGGCAUGGGGGGAGAAUCUAGCAAUGGCGAUGCAGAGAUUCCCGACUUCGACCAACUGAAGGUCUCAGAGCUACGGAAGUUGUGUCAGGCCCAAGGAAUUAGCACUGCUGGAAUGUUUGAAAAGAGGGAAAUGGUGGAUGCCUUACAGGCAAAGCAUGGCACGUGA